CAGCAUAUCAAGAUGAGAACACAGUACAAAUCAACCUCAUAACUAGUACUAAAAUUCUGUUAUUUUCAGCGAAAUGUCCUCUACAAAGUUCAUCUUGAUUGCGGUGUCCUUCAUAAUGCGAUACACCACAGUAGCCAAAGAUAUUGACGACACCAACGAGAACAACACGAAUGCACUUCAUACGAGAUCUGAUACUAAUGAAAUCAGCACAGCAAUGGGAAUCUAUAUGAACAUUAUCACAGAACAGAGUCCAACAACAACAGAUAUGAAAGAUGAUGAUGCAAGAUAUACAACACAUAAAGAUAUUGAGGACAUCAUCGAGAGCAACACUGAUGAAUUUCCUUAUGAAAACAGCACAGCAACAAGUACCAAUACAAGCAGUAACAUAGAACAUUUCAAUGUUACAACUGAUAUGAAGGAUGAUGGCAUAGAGCCUAUAAAUGACACAAUCAAAAUAACUGACAAUGACAACCAAAAUGAACAUCUGAAUGGUGAUGAAAAAGAUUCAAACAAACUAACCAAUGAAAAUAAUGUGAGUUCUCCUUAUCCUGGAGCAAAUACAAAUGCAACAGCUGGACUAAAUGAAUCAACAUCCAAUGAAAUAGAAUCUACAAAGAAAAAUGACACUGUUGCACAAGAACAUACAAUUGAUGAUUAUUUGGUCUAUGUGAUAUUUAAAUGGGUAUUUAAGAUAACAAUGCCUUUAUGCUUAAUUAUUGGUAUCCCGGGCAAUAUUCUCAACAUUAUAAUCUUGUGUCAGAAUCUAUUUAGUGAAAGCUCUGCUUCGAUAGACAGCAUCCUCCUGGCCCUUGCUUUUUCUGAUAUGAUAUGUCUGGCAAUAGGCACCCCACGAUACAUCAUCUCCUAUGUAGCAGGAUAUGACUUCACAGCUCAUUCGGAUAUUGGCUGUAAACUCUUCAAGUUUCUCAAUUUUGUGUUUUCUGAUUUUUCAUCUUGGCUUGUCAUGCUCAUAUCUCUGGAAAGGUUGGUUGCAGUUGUUUGGCCUUGUCACGUGAAGUCUUGGUGUAGUCACAAAAAGAUAAAGAUCACAAUUGCUGCUUUUCUAGUAUUUCUCAUUGGAAUUAACUUCCAUUUUUUAUUAGGCCACGGUACUGUUCAACAAGUAAGUUACACAAACACGCAGAUCUUUGGUUGUUCAGUUAAGGAACUGGAAUUCAUGUAUUAUCAUGCGGUUAUUUAUCCCUAG